CACCGGCAGCAGCAGCAGCAGCAGCAAGACGCGGCAACGGCGCCGGGUUUGGUUCAGUAUGUCCACCACCGCUCGGCGCCGGCGGCGACCGAGGCUUGCAGCCGUCAGCCGGCAGCAGCGGCUGAGCUUCCCGGGUCUUUAACUUGACCCUCUGCCGCCGCCGCCGCCUCCUUCUCCUGAGGUAGGGGAGGCAAUGGUAAUGAACUGACCCGGCGGCAGCGGCCAACAACCCAGCCUUCUUCUGCGCUCCCCACUCACGGUAAGGAGCGGCGAGGGAAGCGCGCGCUUUUCUCACCCUGCCGCCCACAUACACACACACACAAACACCCGCCGUCCCGGGAGGCGGCGAAGUGAAGUCGACCCAGUCACAACAAACAGCAACAACCAACACGAUAUUUUCCAAAGGGGGAGAGAGAGGCGCUGCUCUUUGCCCAGGGAAGGAGAGGCAGGCAGGAGCGCGCGCGCGCGCGGUGGAGCCACACAGCGUGCAACCUUCACGGCCAUGUGCAAAAGGCGGGGGGGGGGGAUGGCGGGAGCCGGGGUCAGAAGCGGGAGGUGCCCAGACAAGGGAGCUGUUUUUUUGGGGGGACGGACUAAUAAUGCAGUGCCAUUGGAGUGGGGAGGGCGUGGGAGAUAGGAGGAGUUGACAGUUGGGCGGCUGGCAGGCAGCAGGAGGAGCUGGGGGAGGGGGCUGCCUGCGUGUGUAUGGGGGGGGGGGGAGAAGCUGGUUGGCGCGUGCAUUAAAGGGACCCGACUCCCCCCCCCCUCCGCCAGUUUCCCUCGAGGAGCAGCGAAGGAGGAGAGAUCUGCUGUCUAAAGCGAAGCUUCGGUUGCUGCUGGGUCUUUGAGGAAUUCCUAGAAUGUGGUAUGUUGCUGGGUUUUCUUUCUCCACACCCCCCCUUCCGUGUGUGUGUGUGUGUGUGUGUGUGUGUGUAUCUCUAUAUGUGCACGCGAGAAUUCUUCGCCAAAGGGAAAGGCGUUCUCCCCCCCCCCCCCGCUAAUGAGGGAGAUGCUGCCUUUAUUUCCCCCCCAAAUGGAACAUCGCCGCCCGGGCUUGGCAACAGCAGCACCCGAGCGAGCGAAGUGGCCCCCGGCGCAGCGAGCACACGCACACUUUUCUCUCACACCGAGAUUGUGGCAGCUUGCAAAGUGCGUGGGAGAUCAGAAGUAUUUUGCCCUCUGGCUCUCCGAAGAGAAGUGCGGCCGUUUCUUUCUUUCUCUCUCUCUCUCUCUCUCUCUCUUUUAAUAACCCGGCGCUUUUGUGUGCAGGGAAACGCAAGCCUCAUUCAAGGAACGGGCUAAGUUGUCCUGCAAAUCUCCCAGAGCUUCAGUGAUCUUGAACAUGAGAACCGGAGGGAGCCGAGAUUGGUUCGACUCCUAAUCCCUCUCGUAUAAAUGCAAUUUGAGGAGGGUGUGUGUGUGUUGUCGUCGAGACCAGUUCCUAAACUAUUUUAUUUAUUUAUUUUUGCUAAUGUUUAGUGGAGCCCAGUCUCUUUUUUUUUUCCAGACAGACUUCUGCGGCUUACAGUAGGCAGUGUGGUUAUUUAUUUAUUUAUUUAUUUAGUGAGACUUGGCUGUUCAAAGAGUUGAAUAGAUAUGUUUAGAGAAGCAGUGCUUUCCAAGAAUUUAAAUGAGGUCUUUUCUUUUUUUUUUAAUGGCUUUCCAGGACUUUUCUAUUAGCUCUCAUUGUUUUCUCUGGCUGACCUUUUGGUAGUUUAGCAACUGUACUGAAUUUUAAGACAGAAGUAUAUGGUCAACACAAACAUUUUGUUGUGCGUCUUUUGUUUGUUUUUCUGUGCAACUGGAAAUAUUUAUUGCAAUCACCAUGGUGGGAAAUAUUUGCAUUUAACAAUAUGAUUUACAGUUGUUGUUGUUGUUGUUAUAAUAAUAACAACAAUAUGUUCUAAUACCAGCUUUUCCUUCAAUCAGAUGUUUUGUGUUUCCAUAAAGCGUUUAUGUGUUUUAGAAUGGUAUAGUCGAAUCACAAGGGCAGAAACGAUUUAGAUUGCGAGCCUUGUUACUUACAUGCUUAUGAUUGCACUGAGGUCACAGGUUACAUGACUGUUCACAUGUUUCACUGAACACAGGGACAUACCGUCUCUACACAUGUACAAAUGUUUGUUCAUUUGCAGUUUGGCUGAUUAUGUACAUAGACUGUGCACUGGUUGAAUAUUGCAUGUGAAUUAUUGAAUGAGUGUGCUGCUUAACUAUCUGUAUGUACGUACAUUGAAUGUCCAUCUAGACAUGUUGACUCAAAAGUAAGCCCCAUUGAAUUCAGUGAUCUUUACUUCCAGCCAUAGUUUCUGAUUUCAAGCAUUUGCACUUCAAUCCUAAACACUUUGACUUUGAAGCAGUUUCUAUUGAUGAGAGUAGUUCUGUUGAGAAUACAUUAUAUGGAAAUAAGCUUCCCUGAAAUUAAUGGGUUUCAUUGCAAGUGAAACUACUAAGGUUUUAAGGCUCAGUCAACACUUUGGGGGGUAUCUCUGUGUUAAAAUUAAAAUUAAACCAGGAUUUCUUCCAAGAAGAACCAUUGCACUGUUGCUUUUUAAUAGUUGAAGAAAAUAGCUCAGAUAAUUUUUGAGGAAUCAUUUCAAGUGAUGGGGGAAAGUGUAUUCUAAUUUUAGAACUGAACUCUUUUUCUUUUUCAAGAAAAUGCCAAUCACUUCACUAAAAUGCCUGGGAGUUUAAAGUUGAAAUUGGACAUGGAAAUAGCUAGUACUCAGCAGAAGUGCUUUGAAUCUUCAGAGAAGAUUUGCCAUGAUUGGGGCUGAGUUAAAGAACCUGUAGAAAAAUCACAUGCUGUGAAUGUGUGGACUACUUUGCAAGAGGUUUUCCCCUCAGAGCUCAUAAACCGCACAACUAAGGGAAACUGUGAUGCAUGCAUGAAUAGUAAGAUUUCAUUGUGUAGCAUAGUCAUAUUGCAAUGGAAGUUAGGAAUGGAAGUCAUUCUGCACAGUAUUUGGAUGCACAGACGAGAUAUGAGCUGUAAAUGCACUUGGGUGCAUCUACAUUUCUAUCCUACCUUUCCUCUCGGGAGCUCAAGGCGCAAUGUAAAUGGUCCUCCCUUCCUUUUAUUCUCACAGCAACCCUGGGAGGUAGGCUAGGCUGAGAAACAACAGGUCCAAGUCACCCACUGGAUGGCUCAGUAUGGAUUUGAAACUGGGUGUUCCAAGUCUUAAACGUUACACUACGUUCUAAAGAUGUAGGUAGUCCUGGUCUAUAUUAAAGAUGGUUGGUGGGAGCAACUGUAAAAUUUUGGUAUAAAAAUUUGGGUCAGAGCUUCGAGAUAGGAGGUCUUUGUAGGAGAAAGCCCUAUGAAUCUUUUGAUCAUACAGAGUUUAUGAUAUUUGCAUUUCUCCAAGUAGUUCCACAUACAGUGGUACCUCGGGUUACAUACGCUUCAGGUUACAUAAGCUUCAGGUUACAGACUCUGCUAACCCAGAAAUAGUACCUUGGGUUAAGAACUUUGCUUCAGGAUGAGAACAGAAAUCGUGCUCCGGCAGCGCUGCAGCAGCAGGAGGCCCCAUUAGCUAAAGUGGUGCUUCAAGUUAAGAACAGUUUCAGGUUAAGAACGGACCUCCGGAACAAAUUAAGUACUUAACCCGAGGUACCACUGUAUGUGGAAAGCAAAUUUAUAAGAUGUGUGAACUGUCGAAUCUUAUGUUUCAGAAUUUCUGUGAAUUUGAGGUAGAAGACCUGUGAGAUUCCUUAUCAGUAUCAUGAAUCGCCCGCCCACCCAAUAAAUAUAGUAUUGGAGCCUAUAGCAUUGUUGAGAUACUAUCAAGGUCAGGUUGCACAUCAAAACGAUUGGCGUCAUAUAUGUACUUCCAUUUUGUGAAUGUUGUUUACCAGUAAUAAUGGCAUCUUUAUGCAUUUGCAUGGAUGCAUGUUGCUUCUGGAAGUGUACACGAUGCAUUUGUAUAUGCAUAUAGUGCAAGGCAUACUCCUGUAGGGGCAGUGUUUUGAACCUAAACUUUAUAUAACCUUUCAAGUGUGGGUGACUUCAACAAGGAGCUGCCCUCUGCCUCCUCAUUCUGAGGGAUCAAUACUUGAUUUUUAGUUAACAUGUACUAAAUACACUGGAACACGAACCCAAUAUACAAGGUUUUUCUUCUUUGCAAAGAUUUUCAGUGCAUGUUGACAUGUUGACUGUAACAUUGUGAUGGCUGGCAUGUGUGAAUCACAGAUUCAUAAGUAAGCAAGCAUUGAGUGUACAGUGGUACCUCGGGUUGCAUACGCUUCAGGUCACAUACGCUUCAGGUUACAGACUCCGCUAACCCAGAAAUAGUACCUCGGGUUAAGAACUUUGCUUCAGGAUGAGAACAGAAAUCGUGCUCCGGCAGCGUGGCGGCAGCAGGAGGCCCCAUUAUCUGAAGUGGUGCUUCAGGUUAAGAACAGUUUCAGGUUAAGAACGGACCUCCAGAACAAAUUAAGUACUUAACCCGAGGUACCACUGUACAUGAGUGAAACUAGAACUCUUAGUUACAGUAUGAGACACUCAGUGUUUAUAUCAUUUGUUCUAAUGCAUGAACUGUGGUUUCAGAGAACAUCCAUGUUUGUAGAUGGGUCACAAGGAUCUACGUGGAGGUGUGAUGUUACACUAAACUACUAAACAUAUUUGAGAGCAAAUAACGUUUGUGGCAAUCUUUUCCUGGGGUGAGAGGUAUAUGCAGAAACAACAGGUCUUUGUGAACAGCUUGAUUGACUCCACUGACCAGUGGAACUGACCUCUGCUUGGAAAGGGAUGAUGAGAAGUUACUUGCUGAACUUGGCAGAAGGGAGAACAGGAAACUUGUUCAAUGGAAUUGGCAUGGACAGCAUCAUUAGGAAAAAGGAACAUGGGAGGUUUUGAUUUAAGUAAAGAAACCUAAACCCAUUUUCUUUAGGUGGAUACUACUUAAUCGUUGUAGGGACGCGGGUGGCGCUGUGGGUUAAACCACAGAGCCUAGGACUUGCCAAUCAGAAGGUCGGCUGUUCGAAUCCCCGCAACAGGGUGAGCUCCCGUUCCUUGGUCCCAGCUCCUGCCAACCUAGCAGUUUGAAAGCACAUCAGAGUGCAAGUAGAUAAAUAGGUACCGCUCUGGCGGGAAGGUAAACGGAGUUUCCGUGCACUGCUCUGGUUCGCCAGAAGCGGCUUAGUCAUGCUGGCCACAUGACCCGGAAGCUGUAUGCCGGCUCCCUCGGCCAAUAAAGCGAGAUGAGCGCUGCAACCCCAGAGUCGUCCGCGACUGGACCGAAUGGUCAGGAGUCCUUUAACCUUUACCUUUACUUAAUCGUUAUAGUUCUAUUAAGGAGUCUGUGCCACACACCCUUUCUGUAGCAAUGCUGUUGUCCCUUCUCAUGGUGGUAAAGUGUACCUGAAAUCAUUUGAAGAACCAAGGUUUUAUAUUUUAUUUUAGCAACGAGUUUCGGUAAUUUAACAGGGUUUCAUGAUAUGGUGGUUUAGACUUCAAACCGUUUCACUGCCUCUGGGUCUGAACUGAAGCAGUGCUGGGACAGCAUGUGGAUAUUGGCUUAGCCUUCUUUGCUGACUUGUUUCUGCAGGUGUGGAAUAAGAUCUGAGCUUUGCUUUUCAUUUCUUUAAGAGUACACACUGGCCCAGUUCACACAUAACACUAAGCCUAACAAUGGCUUAGAGCAAACAAGAGAAUGUGUCGAUUCUCAGAGAAAAUCUGCCUUCCCUGAUACCCAGGCCUUAGCCAUGGUUUGGCUUAGCAUUAUGUCUGAACCCAGGCUCAUCAGAGCAACUGCAAAUGGUAAACCAAAAAUAAACCUUGAUUGCAGCUUCUGAUUUGUCAGAAGUGAGGCAAACCAUGAGCCUCGGUUCAGGCAUAAUGCAAAGCCAAACCAUGGCUUAGGACCUUAGGUGUAUUAAAUGUAGUGACAGCAGGACCAGGGGAGGAGUGCAGUGUCUGUGAUUUUCACUCUGAGCAUCUGCAUGUUUGCUCAUUCACACUAAGUCAUGGCUUGACUUGGUGUUAGGUGGGAACUGGGUCAUUGUGCACUUGCUAAUGAAAGUUAUCUUAUAGAGCAGCAUUUUCCAUGCAUUGAUAUAGUUGACCAUAUUAUAGUAAAGGUAAAGGUACCCCUGCCCGUACGGGUCAGUCGUGUCCGACUCUGGGGUUGCGCGCCCAUCUCGCUUAAGAGGCCGGGGGCCAGCGCUGUCCGAAGACACUUCCGGGUCACGUGGCCAGCGUGACAAGCUGCAUCUGGCGAGCCAGCGCAGCACACGGAAACGCCGUUUACCUUCCCGCUAGUAAGCGGUCCCUAUUUAUCUACUUGCACCCGGGGGUGCUUUCGAACUGCUAGGUUGGCAGGCGCUGGGACUGAGCAACGGGAGCGCACCCCGCCGCGGGGAUUCGAACCGCCGACCUGACGAUCGGCAAGUCCUAGGCGCUGAGGUUUUACCCACAGCGCCACCCGUGUCCCCGGCCAUAUUAUAGAUGGUGCUAAAAUUGCUGCAGGGGACAAGAACUCUGCUAAUCCCCGUAUUUCUGAAUACUAUACCUCAGAUUUAAGGCAAAGAUUGCACCAUUUUCAAAUGCCUGCAUGGCUGCUUUUCUGUGCUGAGUGGUACUGGUUGUCUCUUGGUCUGGUAGUUCUUAAGCCUUGGGUGUGUUUGUCAACAAUGUAUUUCAGAAACGUCAGAAAGCAGUUCUGUGUUUAUUACUGCUAUGUUAAAAGAUAUCCAAAACACUUUUUUUUCCAAAUUAGAGGCCUGAAGACACCUCCUUUCUUUCUGACAAGUGCUUGGCAGCCCUCCUUAUCUUCCUUAGAAAACAUUUCCCCUAAUAUUACAUCCUUAUUGGCAAUUUUUGGACUUUAGCAUUACCCAGAAGCCUCCCUCAUGAUUCGGCAGUGAGAUAAAUGAACUCGGAGCACACAGACCUCACCCUUUAUGAGGCUAAGGUGUAGUUCUGUGUUUGCUAGGUGGUGCAGCCAAUUACUAGGCAUUCCUUUCCUAUGCUUCCUCUUGGUCGCAGGGAGAGAGGCUUCCUAUUACUUUAAAAACUUGUCCCUGUAGGAUACUGACAUAGGUAUGCAUCCAUAACGAAAGGUAGGCAGAUAUCAAAGCUCUUGGAAGACUAGGUUUCAAGGCUAGCACCUGACAGAUAAGUAGAGUUGUGGAUUCCAGUUUCCAAAAGGUGUUGUUUACUAACUGAAUGGCAGGGUGUAAUUUGGAAGGUGUGACUGUGUCACAGAGAUGAAGCACACCUGCUAAAACUGUUCCCUGCUACACAGAUUUUGAAGAACAGGGACUUCUUUCAUGUCACAAAUUGGGAGCAAUGCCAGGGAAAAUCUGUUCUUUUGCAGCAGUUCACCUCAAGCAUGUAUCUAUGGUUAACGUUAUGCUAUGCAUGUGUCGAACACUUUCCCAAAGACAUCAUCGAAUCUGCAAGAAACAGUGAGGGGAAGGGACUUGACCAUGAAUGGUGAUGUCAAUAGAUUGAUUCUUUGCUCAAAAAAAAUGCUAACGCCUCCGUCAAAGGUCUUUGAUCCAGUGAGCGUUGACAUAGAUAGUUACAAUCACUUUGCAAUUGCUUUGUUGAAAAAACGGUAAAGAAAAUAAAAACCACUGUUGGUACUUUCAACAGGUUUUGCUUUUGUAAGUCAGUGUAAAAUUCACUGCACAUUUUUAACAUGCAUGAGAAGAAUGGCAGAGAAGGGAUUGCUGAGAAGGAAUUAAAACACAAUGUGGUACCUUCUGCUUGUCUUUCCACAAAAUGUUAAAAUAGUCUUCCACAACUUGGUUAAUUUGUUUUGUAAAUGGCUUGUUAGGUAUCAUUUGAUCUUUGUCUGGUUUAAUUAUCAAAGAUCAGCAUGGCAGUCUAUAUAUGCUAUUGAGCUACAAUAAUUAUAUUCAGCCCCUAAAAUGAGCAUUUAUUUGUUUAGGAGCAAGCUUGUACAUAAUGCACCAUAAACUUUAAACCUUUCUCAUCCUUAAUUGUUUCAGUUUUGGUACAUACAAUUAAAGUGUGUGGGAGAGGGAGUUUGUUUUGCACUGCUUAAAAGAAAAGAAAAAGAUAAAUGCCACUGGAUGUAAUUUUUGAAGCUGUGUUAUUUAAACAAAUAUUUUGUAGUUAAUUAUACACUAUACUACAUAUUUAGGAGCUACAGCAUGGUUUUCUGGAACUUGAGUUAUUUAUAACUAUAGUGGGUUUCUCAAAAUAAUCAAGUGAGGUUCCCAUCUUCAGGCUCAGAUACGUUUAUUUGAAAUCAUGUUUGCUAAAAAGUCAGAUGUCUUUAUUCUUUCUCUCUCUCCCUUUGCCGCACUCAGCUAUGACUACUGCAGCAGUCCUAUGCACAUUUACGUGGGAGUAAGUUCUGCUGAAAUCAGUGGGGCUUCAGAUUUUACAUUCAUGGUAAGAAAAAAUACCCAAUAUGGUACUCUGUAGAUAAAAGCAACCCUAGUUGGUAGUGACAUGUAUCAAGCUGUAUGGAACAAAAUAAACAGGCUGUAAUCAGCAAAAUUUUGAGGGUGUACAAAACUAAAUCACCCUCUCAAAAAAAAAAUAAAAAAUGGGGGAGAGGGUGAUAUUUGGACCCCACGUCCAAUGUUGUCACUAAGUCUGCACCUUCACACUGCCACAUAUUACUUCUAGAGCUGGGCGAUACAUCGAUAUAUCGUCCAAAACCGGUUUGAAGUCCAUAUCGUGAUACCGGUUUCAUAAUUUUUGACCGGGCAAUAUAUUGCAAAUCAUGGUGUGUUUGUGUAUGUGUGCUAUGCAAAAAUCAUAUUGCAGGAAAAACUGUGAAGCCAGCCAAUGCCUCUACAGAGCUCCAUUCUUACUUCCUCGUGAUAUAUCAGUAUAUUGUGAUGUUUAGCUGGUGAUACAUUGUGAUGUGUGCUGUAGAUUUGGGUUUGUGUAAUAUGUCUGUUUGUGCACAAAGAUGCAGAUAAACUCAUGAGUUCUUGAAUAUAUGGAUCUUUGUCCCAUUGUAAAGCUGGGUGUUUUAUUUUUUAUUUUAGUUUUUGAUACUUAGUUUUUAUUGUUUGUUUGUUUGUUUAACUUGCAUUCUGCGUUCCUCCCAAAGGUGCCCAGUGUACAUAUUUGCAAUAAAAAGUGAUGUAACUAAAAAACAAAAACAAAAAAAAACAUAUGGAUACAUUUAAAAAAACUUAAAAGCAUAUAAAAGCAUUUAAAAACAAUAAACGGGGGAAAUGUUGAACAAAAUUUUAAAGCGGCAGAUUGUUGUGUCUGGAUAGGCCAGCUGAAAGAGAAAGGUUUCCAGCAAGCAUCUUAAAUGGUGAAGUGAGGUUGCCUGCCUAACAUCAAUAAGCAGGGAGUUCCAGAGUACAGGCAUUUCUGUGGAUAUUGUGUGGUGGGCUGUCCAGGCGACGAGAGACCCCCCCCCCAAAAAAAAGCCUCACUGAUGUGGUCCAAAGAAAAGCAGAGCAAUGCAUUUUUCUGGAAGGAGGCGUACAAGGUGCUAUCCAACCACCUUAGGGACUCUAAUCCGGAUUUGUGUAGGGUUCACUCUUCAGCUUUUUCUUUUCCCGGAGAAAGAAUGGAUCAGAGAUUUGCUUCCUAGAUGGGCUACCUUCUGGGUAGACUAGCCCCCAUCUGCUCCUCACUACAGCAUGUCCAUAAAACUGCCUUCUUGACCAUUGGACCCACUAUUGGUCUCAUCUGCUGAAUCAGUUGACGUCUGUCUUCAUGAGCGGGGGAAGUUCCUAACUCACCAAGGGUUCCUAACUCACCAAGGUCCUAACUCACCAAGGGUUGAGAUCCAUCGGCUACCCUCACCUGGUUCAGCCGGCCAGUUGGAGCCAUUCCCGACGUGUGGCCACUGUGUCAUGCUGACAGCUUCUAGGAGCCACAGAUGAGAGCUGAGUGGAGGAUGAGGACUAAAGGUGGACAAACUACACCAUGGCAUGUCCCCCACCAGAGGUACUACCCUCCCCUAACAUCCCAUACCCCCCAACCCCCCUGAAUCUCUCUUUCUCUCUCUCUCUCUCUAUAUAUAUAUAGUUUCUCAGAAUGUCAUAGACAAAGAUGCUCUUCCCAUGCCGUGAACAAGAGUUUUUACAGUAAACCUUCAAGGUGAAUUUCAUGGUUAGGGGUCUUGUCCCCUCGCAAAGAAUCCAGGCCCAAAGUGCAAUAAGACACGGGAGAGUUUAUUUACUCUUAAAAACUGAGCUGCACUGUUACAGUUUUAUCUGCCCCAAAAACAUCUUUAUCCCACCUUUCUGCUAAGAGUGGCUUCCGAGAAGAUUUACAGAUUCAAUUUUAAAGCCAUCAAAUGGCAAAAACUAAUUAAAAGUUCCAGAUCUCCAGAUCUUUCCAAACCUUGAUGUAAUUAUCCUUAAAGAGAUUACUAUUCCUAUUUGUUAAUCAGAUACCCAGGUAUUUUGUUUUGUUCACUAUUGCCAGACCUGAUGUUUCCUGUAAAUAAUCUCUUUCCUGUGUUGAUAUGUUUUUUGCUAGCAUGUUGGUCUUACUUUUAUUUAAUUUGAAUCCUGCAACCUUUCCAAAUUCUGAUAUUCUUUCUAAAAAAUUUGGCACACUUUCCACCGGAUCUUCAGUUGUUAUUAUCAAGUCAUCUGCGAAGGCCUUUAUCUUAUGCGAUUUCUCCCGAACAGUUGUACACUUUAUUUCUUUGUCUUUUCUAAUUGCGAUCAUUAAGAAUUCCAAAACCAUUAUAAACAGUAGGGGCGAAAGAGGACAACCUUGUCUGGUCCCUUUAUUUAUUCUGAAUUCCUAUGUCAUCUCGUUGUUGAUAAUUAACUUAGCUCUUUGUUCUUUGUAUAUUGCCUCUAUGCCCCUGCUGAAAUUUUCUCCAAAUCCUAUCCUCUUCAGUGAUCUUUUCAUAAACUUCCAAGAGACACCAUCAUAAGCCUUCUCUGUGUCGAUUAGCAUUAAGAUAGCAUUUUUAUCCGAUCUUAUUUCUAAGUACUCCAAAAUAUCAAUAAUAUUCCUUGUAUUGUUAUGCAUGUGUCUACCCGGUAGAAAGCCUGAUUGAUCUCUGUUUAUUACUUCAUUUAGUACUUUUUUUAACCUAUCAGCCAAAAUGCUCGCAAAUAUUUUAUAAUCAUUGUUUAAUAGAGAUAUAGGUCUGUAGUUUUUUACUGAUGUUCUAUCCGUCCCUUGUUUGGGUAUCAGCAUGAUAUAUGCGUCUUCCCAGGACUUUGGUAUUUUCCCUUCUUUCAAUAUACCAUUUAGUAUAAUUUUCAUUGGUUCUGGUAGCACAUCUUCUAAUUUAAUUAAAAUUAUCAUUACUAGGUAGAAUAUCUGUGGUUAAAAUGAGCAUCCUGCCCAGGAUGAUAUUCUUAUUUCAAAUGAUACCAAUAAUUGGUGGGGUAGGAUGCUUUAAACAGCAGGGGGGAAAUCUAACCAAAUUUAUUUGGCAAUAUAAAACAUCAAAAAUUAAAUAUAAAUUACUAAAAGAUAGUAAAAACACAGGUUUGUCAUUACCUGACUUAAAUUUAUACUAUGAUGCAGCGUGAUUCAUGUGGUUGAGAGAAUGGCUAACAUUAGAAAAUGGUGACCUAUUGGAUUUGGAGGGCUUUGAUAAUCGUUUUGGAAGGCACGCUUACCUAGGGUAUGAGAAAGUGAAGGUGCACAGAGGUUUCCUUAAUCAGGUCAUAAGAAAAUCAUUAUACAAAACUUGGGAGAAAUACAAAGAACUUUUAGAACCCAAAGUACCCUGGUGGCUGUCACCCAUAGAAUCGUUAAUGAUUAAGAAGAAAAACAUGGGAACAAAUUGGGCCAGAUAUAGGGAUUUGCUAGAAGAGAAUAAUAAUAAACUAAAAUUAAAGGAUUAUGAAGAAAUGAAACCCCACCUAACAGGGUGGAUUCAAUAUCACCAGCUACCAGUAAUCAAUAUCAAUAUCACCAGUAAAUUUAAUGAAGACAAAAGAAAUAAAGGAUUUGCAACAGAAGUCUCACUAUUGGACAAAAAUUUAUUACAAAGCAAAGUAAAAGUAAUUUCUAAAAUGUACAGAUUAUUGUUAGAGUGGGAGGUUAAAGACAAACAAAUUAAAGAAGUAAUGAUAAAAUGGGCCAUAGACUUGGGUAAAAACAUUCAGAUAACACAAUGGGAAAAACUUUGGAGGGGAAACUGGAAGUUCACAGCAUGUGAAGCUAUAAAAGAAAAUAUGAUAAAGAUGUUCUUUAGGUGAUAUUUGACACCUACAAAAAUCUGUAAAAUGUAUAAAACUAAAUCCAACUUAUGCUGGAGGUGCAACCGAUCAGAAGGCAUGCUUAUACACAUGAGGUGGCAAUGUGAAAAAGUUAAGGGCUUCUGGGACUUUGUUUUUGAAGAAAUGAAGAAAAUCUUUAGAUAUAAUUUUUUUGGGGGGGGGGGGGGAACAGAAGACUUCUUGCUGGGAAUAACUGAUACAGAUAUACCCAGAGAAGACAAGAAUCUAUUCUUGUAUGCUGUGGCGGCAGCUAGUAUCCUGAUCGCAAAAAAAUGGAAAAAAAGAAACAAUUCCAUCUAAACAAGAAUGGCAAGAUAAAUUAUUCAGUUACAUUGAACUAGCCAGGCUGACAGACACAAUCAGGGGCCACAGCAAACAAAAACUUCAGAAAGACUGGGGAAAAUAUAGUGAUUAUCUGAAGAAGCAAUGCCUGCAUAUUACUUCUUGGACUUGUUUUAAUUAACUUCUGUAUGUGGGACGCGGGUGGAGCUGUGGGUUAAACCACAGAGCCUAGAACUUGCUGAUCAGGAGGUUGGUGGUUCGAAUCCCCACGACGGGGUGAGCUCCCAUUGCUCGGUCCCUGCUCCUGCCAACCUAGCAGUUCAAAAGCACGUCAAAGUGCAAGUAGAUAAAUAGGUACCGCUCCGGCAGGAAGGUGAACGGCGUUUCCGUGCGCUGCUCUGGUUCGCCAGAAGUGGCUUAGUCAUGCUGGCCAUAUGACCUGGAAGCUGUACGCCGGCUCCCUCGGCCAAUAAAGCGAGAUGAGUGUCGCAACCCCAGAGUUGGCCACGACUGGACCUAAUGGUCAGGGGUCCCUUUACCUUUAAACUGAUGUACGGUUAGAAUAAAGACAAUCAAAAUGGAAAGUAAGUUUAAAAAGAAGAUUACUAUGGUUGAUAUUAGACCCGCGUAGAGGAAGAAGGAAUUCAACAAAGAAAAUGGAGUCAAAUUUAGGUUAAUACAUAUCUUUAUUUUUAGAGAUACAUUCUUUUUUCUUAUUUGUUCUUUUUUCUAUUUUUAUUUUAUUUAUUAUUUGUAUUUUGUUUGUAAUAUAUUGUAUGUCUCUGUGUUGUUUUCUGUAUGUUUGUCAGCAUAUAAAUAAACUAUAUAUACAAAAAACCCCCACUAAUUAAACGUUAAUGUGAAUACAAGAAAUAAAAAGGCAUUUUAAAAGACCGCCGUGAAACAAAAUGAAUUGUGCACUAAGUAUUGUUAAAAGCACAGGCCAAAUAGGACAGACUUUACCUGGCACCUAAAAAUAGUACAGUGUUACCAGGCAAACUCACAGUUUGGGUACUACCAGUCCCUGUGUCCAGUAGCCACUCAUUAAUUCUCUGAUGGUGGGAAUAUACAGGGAAUUCUGGCAGACCUUUAAUUGGCUGACAGGCUCCUAGGAUAGCAAUCGUUCCUUUAGCAUGGUACAAACCACUUAAACCUUUGCAGUAUGGUAAAUGUGGGGGGUUUUGCCACUUCUGCAGGAUAUUGCAAUAUAGAUGUGAGAAUACAAACAAUGCUAACAUUUCAAACACCACCAUGAUAGUAAUAAUAUUUUUUCUUAAUACUUAGGUGCUAAAGUAAUUACUUUGUCCCUGUUCUCUUAUGCUCAUUGCUUUCAUGGGGGAGAGGUAGGCAGUAUAGAGUAUAUUGAUUCUGCUGGGUCUCGUGUCCAGAGCAGGUCUUCUAACACCUACCUGUCAAAACCAUAUUAUAACAAACCCUGGUUCUGUGUUUGUGAUUUCCAAGCAUUCAUUUCAAUUCUAGUGCCAAGCUCCUAGGAUACCAACCCUAUCAUUGACGUAUAGCCUGCUGCAGAGAUGGGAAACCUGUGCCCCCUCCCCAAGAUGAUGUUGGCCUCCAACUCCCAUCAUCCCUGACAUUGGAGCAGUGUAUCCAGCACAAAGUGCAAAGAGUAAGUAUGCACUAAGGGCUGCUUCUGUUAGCUAUAAGCCUACUGCCGCCAUUGGUGAAAGCAGUGGGGAGUGCAGCCAUUUUGAGCUGGGGAAACACCACAUGUUCCAUCCUACCCAUUCCUCUUGUAGACCAUUCAUAAGGUAUCCUUUCUUGCAGGAUGAAAGCUUGGGCAUCUGCAGCAGAACGAACAAACAACAUGGAGAGUGCUCCAGUGUGUACAGGAUGUGUGAGUAUUAUCUUAAUGACUACUUUGUCCUCCCCCAGCAAACGAGUCUGCAAAUGCAGACAUCAGUGGAAGUCAGAGCUAGUCUGCAGGUGUCUCCCUUUCUUGAGACCUCACUCAUGGGCCCCUAAUGAACCCCUGGUCAUUUGGUUACAGCUGUUACCCAUUAUGCAUUAUCAUGUACAUGUUUCUCACGUCUCUCCACAGGCAACCAGGCAAGCAUCCAACACAAGCAGAGGAAAGGAUGUUCCUCUCUUCUAGUCCAGUGCCCAGUGGAAGGCCAGUUGCUCCUCUGGGAGGUUGCUCUGGUACCUUUCUAGAGUACAUGGUACACAGUAAUUUAGCAAAUGCAGCCUGGACCUGAGAUGAUGAUUAUGGAAUGAGCUGUUUGCUGUGCAACUGUCGCAGAUACAGGAACCCUGCUGCCCUAACUCUCCAUGUUGUGAUACAGUUUAAUAAAAAAGCCAUGACUGUU